AUGCGUCUUUCGGAAUACUGCAGCAGCACAGAUAUUGACCGUGCCAUCGCUGUCGCCGUUGACUCGUUCGUGGGCAGUCAAAAGGUCAGCUGCAAGAAAGCGCUGGCUAGGGCGUUUGCAAAGUACACGCUUGCUAGACCUGGUGCUGUUCGCAAGAGCAGGAACGCUAGAGCCGGUGCUGCCAAUGUUGAUGUUGCUGCUUGA